AUGGAUUUCUCUAGGUACAAUACAUUUGGAAAGGCUAAAAGAAUUAAAAAGCCUGAUUUACGAAAAUCUUCAAAGGCUCUUAAAGGCGCCUUCCUUCGGGAUCUCUCAGCAUACGGGGACAGCUACCUCUUCAUCGAAGCCUUCCUGUAUGAGCUGAGCGCAAAGCGGGCCUUAUUAGCACAGCAAGUUCUGCUGGAAAGUCACGCCAAGAACGAAGUCAUCUUUCCUCACCCUGACUUUGUAAGAUCGGUACAUUCAUACUGGACAGGACGAGGUGUGGUGGCCCCAAGGGUGUCUACGGGAUUACUCCUAGUCACUGCGGCCACACAGAUGUGCGAGGAGGUGCAUUUGUACGGCUUCUGGCCCUUCCACUCCGACAGGAACAACAGGCGCCUGACAGAGCACUACUUCGACAAUGCCCUCCCCUCCAACUCUCACAAGAUAGACGAUGAGUUCAAAGAACUGCAGCGUCUCCACAACACGGGAGUGCUGCGUCUGACAACAAGUGCGUGUCAGUGAGGACACAGCAGGAUUUUCACAUAAAUUAUGUAAAUAUGACCAUAAUUUGCAUGAUUUAAGUCUGAUAAUGUUCAACUUAACAUAGCCGCCAAAUGUCACAAGAAUGAAAUUCUAAUCAUGUAACAUUAUGCUAUUAUAACUGUUUCUUCUUAAUUAUGCAAAUUAGGUGGUAGCAAUUCGUAUGAUUGAUGUCUGUCGAUAUUGCUCUCUUUUUCAGUUACAUAUGUCAUAUGUUUGAUUGUCCUAUCACGUACUGCUGUGCAUUUAUAAACUGUCCUCAUUUAUUAUGCAGACUAGCUUCCGAUUUGUAUUAUCAGUACAUGUACUUAAUUGUGUUAGGCAUCUCCGUAGCUAUUCGCAUUGCAAAUAUCAUGACGAUCUGUCAACCCUUUCCAGAAUUAUUCCAUUUCAAAGGGAUGAUGCAACUACACAGGCGAUGAAAAAUUCUUAACACUCCUGUAGAAUUUUGGGAAUUCUUGCCAAUCGGACGCAUACUAUACUGCUAGGUUAGCCCCUGAGGCGUCGCCAAAAAUACACCAAGGGCACGUGACGUGUGUAAUUGU